UCUUAGUGCUUGCACUUUCCUAGAGUUAUUGCUGUUGCUCAGGUUUCUCUGGUUUUCGUUGUGAAUUUUUUUAUUUGUUGGAAGUAACUUUUGAAUCCAGCUAUUUGCACAUUUAUGGAUGUUCUUUUUCCAGGAGGAUAGGAACAAGGGUGAUUUUCUGUUUCUCUUCAUGAUGGGUUUGUUUCCCUUUGGGGAUGUAGUUGACUCAGAAAACUAAAUGAAAAUAAGAUGCAUUUUAUUUUCUCUUGCUGACAUUAGUUGAUUUUAUACAGAGGUUUUGAAAUUAGUUUUGAACUCUACUUAAUUUCAAGGAUCCUCACAUCUGUCCAGUAUAAAGUCACACAGUUUGGACACUGCUUCUGAACUUCCCUGAAAUGCGUGAGAGUGGCAGCAGUAGAUGGUGGCAGCUCUUGAAAUCUCUCAAAAUCAGAGUGGGUCAGCUGCUACUUGCUCACUUUGUUCAGUUGCAACAGGGAGAGGCAUGAAACACAACUGUUCCACUCAAACAUGAGGAAAAGUCAAAAGAAAACAAGAGAACCGUGCUGUAGAGGAAUGUUUCUUGAUUUCCGUUAAAAUCACUGCCCAAGUGCAGCCUGCGAGGCGGGCAGGUGGCAGUUUCUCCUGCCUGAAGUUGUCUGUGGGGAGGGAAGGUGGCUCAGGGUCGGACAGUCGGCCUCUGCGGUUUGAAGUUCAUGGUUGCUCCCAUUCCACCAGUUCCCACCCUCAAAAUGUUCCUUGUUUUAUUUCUGCCUGCCACUCCACUGACUCGGGGGGACGCUACCCCACCACUCCGCCUUCCAGCUAAAAGAACAGCUGACACAGACUGAUAUGAAUCUGAUGGAGCCUCCACUGCUUCAGUAUCCUGACUGGAAGGGACAUAUGUUUUUACGGGAGGAAGUGGCUCGAUUUUUGACCUAUUACUGCAAGGCCCCUGCACCUCUUAAGGCAGAAAAUGUGAUUGUUUUAAAUGGCUGUGGCUCGCUAUUUUCUGCGUUAGCUACAGUCCUUUGUGAUCCAGGGGAGGCCGUUCUGAUUGCUACUCCCUUUUAUGGUGGUAUCACCCAGAGUGUCUUCCUCUAUGGUAACGUCAAGCUGGUGUAUGCCUAUUUAGACAGUAAGAUUACUGGAACAAGCACUCGGCCUUUUCAACUUACAGUGGAAAAACUGGAGAAGGCCUUGCAGGAUGCCCGGGCAGAGGGUGUCACUGUAAGGGCCUUAAUUCUACUGAAUCCCCAAAAUCCCCUUGGGGACAUCUACUCCUUGUCAGAGCUACGGGAUUACCUGGAAUUUGCUAAAAGACAUGAAUUGCAUGUGAUAGUAGAUGAGAUCUACAUGCUGUCAGUUUUUGAUGAAUCAGCCACGUUUCACAGUGUCCUAGGCAUGGACAGAUUGCCUGAUCCACAGCGGACUCAUGUGAUGUGGGGAAUAAGCAAGGAUUUUGCUGUCUCUGGGAUUCGUUUUGGUACUUUAUAUACAGAGAACCAAGAUGUUGCUAAUGCAGUGGCUUCUUUGUGUUAUUUCCACGGGGUUUGUGGACCUGUCCAGCACAAGGUUGCACAGCUGCUUAGAGACAGAGACUGGAUCAACCAGGUAUACUUGAGGGCCAACCAUGCCCGCCUAAAAGCUGCCCAUACGUAUGUGACAGACGAGCUGAAGACGCUUGGGGUUCCUUUUCUCAACCGCAAUGCAGGCUUCUUUGUCUGGAUUGAUUUCCGAAAGUACCUUAAGACAGGCACAUUUGAGGAGGAGUUGCUGCUCUGGAGACGUUUUCUGGAUAACAAGGUCCUCCUGUCCUGCGGUAAAGCCUUUGAAUGCAGUGAACCUGGGUGGUUUCGCAUCAUCUUUGCUGACAAGACCCACCGGCUACAGUUAGGUAUGCAACGGAUCCGCAAGGUUUUGGAAGAGAGGGAGCAGGAGAUACUGGCUGAGGAGAAGGAGCAGCCUUGUCAGUCAGAUCAGGAUGGCAAAGCAGAUAGCACAGAUGAAGUCAUUUUUGUGUCCCGCCACCAGGAGCCUGCCUCUGCUGGUAGCUCCAACCUUGGUGACCUCAUUGGCCUCCUGCAGCAACAGAUGCGUUCGUCCGACUGGCUACAGAAAAAUACAGCCGAGCAGUUUGCACAGGAAAAGCCAGAGAUCUAUGACGUAUUCACCAAACUGGUGGGGAAGCAGUAGGGGUCAGUGUGCCUUCAGGGGGCUUCCUGAGCAGUGACUGACCCUGGGCCCCUAGCAGCUCAGCAGUGACUUCCAGCAAAUAAUAUAUUUUCUGUAUAGCAAGAAAAUCACUUUGUAAAACCCCUCCUCUCCCCCCUGUUUGAGAUCUCUGAUUUGUAUUAUAUAGGUGCAUUCCUUGGAUUGGGGUGAGGGUAGGGAAUGGUGGGGGUCUUGUUCGCCUGCUGCCCCCUAUCCUGCAGCGUCGCUGUAUUUUGUAUUUCAUUUCUAAUGAAUAUGCUCUUAACUCUC